UUUCACUGACAGAUUUUCUGACAGGACAUGAAGGCAUCAUGAGCAACGGUUCCGCGGGAGUGCGCAUUGAGGAUGUGUCGAGCGCGCGCCUCCGUAGUGGGCGGAGCCUGUAGGAACAUACCUGGACAGGCGGAUGGACCUGUCAAAGCGAGUGUCGUUAUGGACGUUGGAGGACGUGUUGGAGUGGGUGCAGGAGCAGUGUCCAGCCCACGUGGACACGCUGCAGAGAGCCGUCAUCAAACACUCCAUCUCAGGCCGAGCGUUGCUGAGAUUAAAGGAUCAUCACCUGGAGCUUCUCGGGGUGGAAGCCGAGGAGCAGCAGCAGGAGAUCCUGCAGAACCUCCUCCUCCUCCGAGUCCGGGAGGAAAUCAAUGAACUCACUGACAUCUGCUCUGACUGUUUCUCUUCGUAGCAGAAGAUAAAUCUCCGGACAAGAAAUGCUGCUUACAUUUUUUUUUAUACAUUUCCCUUCCAUCCAUUCAUCCAUGUGAAGGGGAAGAGAAACGCGGGAGUGAAAGAAAACAGAGAGAAGGUGAAAGGAGAGAAGAAUCAAUGAGGAAUGGAGAGACUGAAACCUAUUUCCUGUACGAAAUCCGACCUGAGCAGACGGAUGAGAUUAGUUUUGGUCUUUUUCUCAGAAACACGAUCAUUAGUCUCUGUCUGUUUCUCUAAAGUGUAGUUUUUCCUUUCCAACCAAGUCAGAUACUGUAUUUGAUGCACUGAAUAUGGAAAGACUUGUUUUUUUCAAAAAAAGCAAGAUUGCCAGAAAAUAUCAGGACAAGAAACUGUCAGCAAUGAAAUCGGAUGAAACCUUUUAGUUAAAUUGGAAGCGUCUAGUAUUUCCAUCCAUUAUCUAUACCACUUAUCCUUAUGAGGGCCGUGGGGGGGGGGGGAGUGGAGCUAACAAUCCCAGCUGAGACAGGUCGCAAACUCCAAAGAGAAAGACUGCAGGUGAACUGGGAACCACUACUGAAUAGUGAAGCUGGUAUUUAGUUGAUUUAAAUCAAAUCAAGGCCUGAAAAUCAUAAGAAAAAGACAAAAUCCUUGUUCCUGUGAUAUCAGAUAUGAAAAAAUCAGAAGAGGAGAAUGUUCAGUUGAAGCCAGCGCUGAUGUUGGUGGUUUUGGAAAAAAGGUUUCUGACCUGUGAGGUCAAAUAUAUAAGUUCAAUGGAGCCCUGGAUUCUCAUCUUCUGAUUCUCAUCUUGAUUUUGAUCACGUGUGCAUGCUUUUACUUUCUUAAUGAGAAAACCUGUAAAACACGUUUCUCUCUCCCAGCCGAUGGUUUUACGAUCCAGCUGCUGGUUUUUAACUCGACUCCAUUUAUCCGUCCUAUCACAAUGCAAACAGUGCAUUAUUUUUUAUAGAGAAAAUCCACUUAUUCUCUGGAGUUUAUGCUCUUUUGUGUUUUUUUUUUAGUGUCACUGUGAAUCCUGUUUAAAACGGCUACAGCAGCAUGUACUGGGGGGGAACUGAUCAUUUGUGAACGCCCAUAAUACAAGUGGUCCUAAAACUUUCAGACGCCAUGUUCCCCCCGGCUCCCUCUCUUUACGAUGCUGUCCUCCUUUUAGUGUGUUGUGGCAUCAACACUGCUGCAUUUGUGCUACAUAAACAAAGUUGUGUUUUCACGGCACUGAUACACUUUGGUCAGCUGAAUAAAAAAAAAAGUGCUGCUUUGGCAAAACAA